UUGAUUUAAUCUAAUUCCGCUAAGUCAGCCAGUUCAGUUGUCAAAUCCUCAUAAAUGUGACAUUUAGUUAAACAAUAAAUUCGACUAAUUUUUUUAAACAAAGAUAAACUGUUACAAUGCCUGCGGAAUUGGAUACCUGGAUCGAAAUCGCACAACAAUGUAAAUAUCUACCAGAAAACGAUCUGAAGAAACUAUGUGAUAUUGUGUCCAGUAUUUUAUUGGAGGAAUCCAAUGUUCAACCUGUGUCUACUCCUGCAACUGUUUGUGGCGAUAUACAUGGCCAGUUUUAUGAUCUAGAGGAACUGUUUAGGAAAGGCGGCCAAGUGCCCGAUACAAACUACGUCUUCCUGGGGGAUUUUGUGGAUAGAGGCUACUAUAGCUUAGAAACAUUUACCCGGCUGCUCACGUUGAAAGCCAAAUAUCCGAAUAAAAUCACCCUGCUGCGAGGCAAUCACGAGAGCAGGCAAAUCACACAAGUCUACGGUUUUUACGAUGAAUGUAUGACGAAGUAUGGCAAUGUGAAUGCCUGGAAGUACUGCUGUGCAGUUUUCGAUCUACUUACAGUGGCUGCAAUAAUUGAUGAAAAAAUAUUGUGCGUCCACGGGGGCUUGAGCCCUGACAUCAAGACAAUCGACCAAAUCAGACUGUUGCAAAGGGACCAAGAAAUUCCGCACAAAGGGGCCUUUUGCGACUUGGUAUGGUCCGAUCCUGAUGAGGUGGAGUCAUGGGCUACGAGUCCUCGAGGGGCUGGCUAUCUGUUUGGUGCCAAAGUGACGCACGAUUUCAUGCACAUUAACGCACUUUCACUGAUUUGCCGAGCCCAUCAGUUGGUGCAUGAAGGUAUUAAGUACAUGUUUGAUGAUAAGCUAGUCACAGUAUGGUCAGCCCCCAACUACUGCUAUCGCUGUGGAAACAUUGCCAGCAUACUCGAAUGCACGUCGACGGACAAAAUCGAGCCAAAAAUCUUCAACGCAGUGCCCGACUGCGAACGAGUCAUUCCCAGUAGAAAUAUCACUCCGUACUUUUUAUAGAGCGGCUGUUUAUUAACUAAAAUAAAUUACAUUUGAUCACA